UCCGGCCCACCAUCUUUGUCGCUGGCAAAGUGGGUUUUGCGCAGUGGCUUAGACCUAGAGAAAGAAUCGUGACGGGCAGGAAACCAUUACAACACCACCCGGGCUGUGCUCUCUGGCUGCUCCCGCCACCCCCGCCCUUGCCUCCGGUGAGUUCAAGGCAGCUGACUCCGGGGUACACAUUAAAGAUCCAAAAUCAUGACCGACUCCAAGUACUUUACAACCAAUAAAAAAGGAGAAAUCUUUGAAUUAAAAGCUGAACUCAACAAUGAGAAGAAAGAAAAGAGGAAAGAGGCUGUGAAGAAAGUGAUUGCUGCUAUGACCGUGGGGAAGGAUGUUAGCUCUCUCUUUCCAGAUGUAGUGAACUGCAUGCAGACUGACAACUUGGAACUUAAAAAGCUUGUGUAUCUCUACUUGAUGAAUUACGCCAAGAGUCAGCCAGACAUGGCCAUCAUGGCUGUCAACAGCUUUGUGAAGGACUGUGAAGAUCCCAAUCCUUUGAUUCGGGCCUUGGCAGUCAGAACUAUGGGCUGCAUCCGAGUAGACAAGAUCACAGAAUAUCUCUGUGAACCCCUCCGCAAGUGCUUGAAGGAUGAAGAUCCCUACGUUCGAAAAACAGCAGCAGUCUGUGUGGCAAAACUCCAUGACAUCAAUGCCCAGAUGGUGGAAGAUCAAGGAUUUCUGGAUUCUCUGCGGGAUCUCAUAGCGGAUUCAAAUCCAAUGGUGGUGGCUAAUGCUGUAGCAGCAUUAUCUGAAAUCAGUGAGUCUCACCCAAACAGCAACUUACUCGAUCUGAACCCUCAGAACAUUAAUAAGCUCCUGACAGCCCUGAAUGAGUGCACCGAAUGGGGCCAGAUUUUCAUCUUGGACUGCCUGUCUAAUUACAACCCGAAAGAUGACCGGGAGGCUCAGAGCAUCUGUGAGCGGGUAACUCCUCGGCUGUCCCAUGCCAAUUCUGCAGUGGUGCUUUCAGCGGUCAAAGUCUUAAUGAAGUUUCUAGAGUUGUUACCCAAGGACUCUGACUACUACAAUAUGCUGCUGAAGAAGUUAGCCCCUCCGCUUGUCACUUUACUCUCUGGAGAGCCAGAAGUGCAGUAUGUCGCCCUGAGGAACAUCAACCUCAUUGUCCAGAAAAGGCCUGAAAUCUUGAAGCAAGAAAUCAAAGUCUUCUUUGUGAAGUAUAACGAUCCCAUCUAUGUUAAACUAGAGAAGUUGGACAUCAUGAUUCGUUUGGCAUCCCAAGCCAACAUUGCUCAGGUUCUGGCAGAACUGAAAGAAUAUGCCACAGAGGUGGAUGUUGACUUUGUUCGAAAAGCUGUGCGGGCCAUUGGACGAUGUGCCAUCAAGGUGGAGCAAUCAGCAGAGCGCUGUGUCAGCACGUUACUUGAUCUAAUCCAGACCAAAGUAAAUUAUGUGGUCCAAGAGGCGAUUGUUGUCAUCAGGGACAUCUUCCGCAAAUACCCUAACAAGUAUGAAAGUAUCAUCGCCACUCUGUGUGAGAACUUAGACUCCCUGGAUGAACCAGAUGCUCGAGCGGCUAUGAUUUGGAUUGUAGGAGAAUAUGCUGAAAGAAUUGACAAUGCAGAUGAGUUACUGGAGAGCUUCCUGGAGGGUUUUCAUGAUGAGAGCACCCAGGUGCAGCUUACUUUGCUUACUGCCAUAGUGAAGCUGUUUCUUAAGAAACCAUCAGAAACACAAGAGUUGGUCCAGCAGGUUUUGAGUUUGGCAACACAGGAUUCUGAUAAUCCUGACCUUCGAGACCGGGGCUAUAUUUAUUGGCGCCUUCUCUCAACGGACCCUGUUACAGCCAAAGAAGUAGUUUUGUCUGAGAAGCCACUGAUCUCUGAGGAGACAGACCUUAUUGAGCCAACUCUGCUUGAUGAGCUAAUCUGCCACAUUGGUUCUUUAGCCUCUGUGUACCAUAAACCUCCCAAUGCUUUUGUGGAAGGCAGUCAUGGAAUUCAUCGCAAACACUUGCCAAUUCAUCAUGGGAGCACUGAUGCAGGUGACAGUCCUGUUGGCACCACAACUGCAAGUAACCUGGAACAGCCGCAGGUUAUCCCCUCUCAAGGUGACCUUCUGGGGGAUCUUUUAAACCUUGACCUUGGUCCUCCUGUCAAUGUGCCACAAGUAUCUUCCAUGCAGAUGGGAGCAGUAGACCUCUUGGGAGGAGGACUAGAUAGUCUGCUUGGCAGUGACCUUGGCGGGGGCAUUGGAGGAAGUCCGGCAGUGGGACAGUCCUUCAUCCCCUCAUCAGUGCCUGCAACCUUUGCUCCUUCACCUACUCCUGCUGUGGUCAGCAGUGGUCUGAAUGACCUGUUUGAACUCUCCACAGGGAUAGGCAUGGCACCUGGUGGAUAUGUGGCUCCUAAGGCUGUCUGGCUACCUGCAGUAAAGGCUAAAGGGUUGGAGAUUUCAGGAACAUUUACUCACCGCCAAGGGCACAUCUAUAUGGAAAUGAACUUCACCAAUAAAGCUCUGCAGCAUAUGACAGACUUUGCAAUCCAGUUUAACAAGAAUAGCUUUGGUGUCAUUCCCAGCACUCCACUAGCCAUUCAUACACCACUGAUGCCAAACCAGAGCAUUGAUGUCUCCCUGCCUCUCAACACUUUGGGUCCAGUCAUGAAGAUGGAGCCUCUGAACAACCUGCAGGUUGCUGUGAAAAACAAUAUUGAUGUUUUCUACUUCAGCUGCCUCAUCCCACUCAAUGUGCUUUUUGUAGAAGAUGGCAAAAUGGAACGCCAGGUGUUCCUUGCAACAUGGAAGGAUAUUCCCAAUGAAAAUGAACUUCAGUUUCAGAUUAAGGAAUGUCAUUUAAAUGCUGACACUGUUUCCAGCAAGUUGCAGAACAACAAUGUUUAUACCAUUGCCAAGAGGAAUGUGGAAGGGCAGGACAUGCUGUACCAAUCCCUGAAGCUCACUAAUGGCAUUUGGAUUUUGGCUGAACUACGUAUCCAGCCCGGAAACCCCAAUUAUACGCUGUCACUGAAGUGCAGAGCUCCUGAGGUCUCUCAGUACAUCUAUCAGGUUUAUGACAGCAUUUUGAAAAACUAAUAAACUGGUCCAGUACCCUGGUCACCAUGUCAUCGGUGCAAGCCAAGAACUCUUAACUGGAAGAAAUUGUGUUGCUGUGUAGAAUCUGAACCCAAACACACUGAGGCCACCCACCAAGGUAGUGACUAGUCUAACCUGUGCUAGCAUUAGGGCACAACCUGUUGGAUAGUGUUAGCUUCCUGCAGUCAUUUGUAACCACUGCUUCAAUCACUUCCCUCCUCUCGCCACCUGCUGCUGCUGUCUGUCCUUACUGUGGGCUUCUCCAUGCUGUGCCAAUGGCUGGCUUUUUGACACCCUCUUUUGAGUGUAGUUGGAUAUUUUGUCAUCGAGAGGUCAUUUCAAAAGCAGAAAAUGACAACAAAUAUUAAAGCAAGGAAAAGUGUCACUGAAACAUACGCUGCACUUUAUUGUUCUAUAUUUUUGUAUAUACGAGGAAUUGAGGGAGCAUUGUAGCCGCGGAAAGUGUUAGGACAGCUGACCGCCAUUGAGCACACUGCCUUCCCUGCCCCAUCCCGUGAGCAGUUGCGUCCUUUGUCAUUUGGAUUUUCACUUUUUUCUCCUAACUCCUUUUCCUUGGCUGAGCCUUCACACUUCUUCCUGCCCCAAGUUGUCAUCUCACUUGAGCGCUCCACAGUUGAGAACGGCGGUCCUCGAAUGAUGUUUCAGGGUACAGGACAUGUAGGACGUCGGCACAGAGGCUGAGAGCAAGUGGCGGUUACUGCAUUCCUUCCCUGGGCAGACCCAGUCACGGCACUGAUGAGGGAACGUGAGUAAAGGUGGGGAGCAGGAGCCAGAAGGCCCGCCCCCACCCCUCCCCUGUGCUGCUUGGGUCCCACUCAGAUCUCACAUCACAGCUUCACAGUUAAAACAGACUUUCGGUAAUGACUUAUCCAGCCCUACAGAGAAGAGUGGAGGCCGAGUGGGGUGUUAUUGCCGGGUCUGCGGGCUCAGUAGCAGAGCUGAGUGGGGAGCUGCGACACGCCCCACAUGGUGUUUUCACUCAGGCUUGUGUCCAGUUGCUGUUCUCUGCCAUGCUUUUUGCUGUCUUCGUGUGCUUGCUUUGUGGCCCUUGACUUGCUUCAUACUGAUUUUGGUGUUCUGUUCAGUGGCAGCAGUGGCAGCAGAGUGUCUUUCCAGUUACCUGAAGGUAAAUCCAGUUGCCAGGGUGAAGGAGGAGCUCAUGUUGCCCAUGUGCUCCUGCAGGGUGGGGCCAGAGAUGACGUGAGCUUAGAGAUGUCACAGAUUCUCUUGAUCCCUUCAGCUCCCUGUUCUUUAACUCACAUUUCUUGGGCUCCAAGGCAGAUCAGAGUCGUCCCAGAGGUCAGGUGGUUCUUGCCAUCCUUGGAAAGACUGAGGGGUAUCAAAGCCCCUCCUUAAUACCUUGGGUCUGGUUCAGCCAAGAACGCUUAGUGGCACGCGCCCAAACACCAACCUGCUGCGUUCUCACUCUUCUCCCUGUGAGGUGCCUGCUGCAUUGCCCUGUACCCAGCCAUCAGGGCCCGUGACCAGGACUGCCCUUAGCUGCUCCUGUGCACACCAGAGGCCCACCAGGUCCAGAGGCCUCAUGCUGUUCUUGGGGGAAUUGUGGAAAGCAAGAGCAGAGAGUCACACCUGGCCCGUCCAGUCACUUCAUGGCAAUUGCAGCUUGGAGGAGCAGCUUCCUCAAAGCGAUUUCUUAACCUUGAGAAUUCUAAGCGUUACUUUGCUGGGGCCCAGGCCCAGGAAGUGUGUCCCUCGUUCACCACAGCUCAGGCACAUGGGGAGUGUGCACAGGGUGGCACAGGGCUGUGUGUGGGAGGUGUGGGCUGGCGAGGCACAGGGUGGAAAGCCUUACUGAGACUCAUUCAUGGCGUCAGCUGGGCACAAGUAGUAAAGAAGAUUCCUACGACAGAUACAGUGUUCUCAGCUCAGAGCAAACAUAGCUCCCACAGGAAGAGUAAGUGCCAGGGUAAGCAGACUGAAUACAGUUCUGCACCAGGACGUGCCCCUCAACCCCGGAAACGGCUUCUCCUGGCUCCCCAGUGGUGAGGAACAGCUGCUGUUCUCAGCUGACCUGAGCCUGUCCUUGAACUCUUCCCUUCUGGGGAGGCUGCCUCCCAGCACGCCCUGGGCAGAGGGAGGGAAGGAGUCUGCUUCACUUGAAAGGGGCUCUCCACAGCUCCCCCUUGGUCUCCAGGUGUGGCUAAGGUUGCCCUCCGCGUGCCCAUCUCCUCUGCCUCAGUGUGUCCUUGUAACGUCAGCUGGUGUCGUACAGAGGGCAAGGGAAGCACACACACACCCAGAACUCUUGCUGGUCAGAGGUUCCCUGAGUGUCUGUCCUCCCCCAAGCCUGAUCCAUGUGCCUGUGUUGUGAACUGUGGGACUCUGGGAGAAAUGGGGCGGGGACGGGGACAUGUAGCUCUCUGAAUGCCUGUGAUUCUUCUGUUCCUGUUGGGGUCUGUUCUUAGGGAAGGGUGGGGGGAGCUUGACCUUGUGUCUUCGUCAAUAAAUUCAUUUACACA